UCAGGUUCUGGGCACCUAGAUGGCUAUUUAUUUGCAAUUUCUUUGGGCCUUACAUCCGUAAUUAAGUCCUUUUUGGAUACACAAUACACUUUUCACCUUUCCAAACUAAAAUUAAAGCUACGGUCUAGUAUUAUGGUGGCUAUUUACCGAAAGUGCCUUUGCAUCAGCCUUGCAGAGCGGUCAAAGUUUUCAGAAGGGGAGAUUCAAACAUUCAUGUCUAUAGAUGCUGAUCGAACUGUUAACCUGGGUAACAGUUUCCAUGACAUGUGGAGCUUACCUUUACAAAUUGGAGUGGCACUAUGUCUUUUAUAUACACAAGUAAAAUUUGCUUUUGUUUCUGGGAUUGCAAUAACUAUCUUGCUGAUACCAGUGAAUAGGUGGAUCUCUAAAUUGAUUGCAAGUGCGACUGAGAAAAUGAUGAAGCAGAAGGAUGAGAGGAUCAGAAUGGCAGGAGAGCUUUUGACAUAUAUCCGUACCUUGAAGAUGUAUGCUUGGGAGGUUCUAUUUAGUAAUCGAUUGAUGGAAAUAAGAUCUCUAGAAGUGAAGUACUUAUCUACUCGGAAGUAUUUGGAUGCUUGGUGUGUAUUCUUCUGGGCAACAACACCAACACUUUUCUCUUUAUUCACAUUUGGGCUCUUCACAUUGAUGGGACAUCCAUUAAAUGCUGCAACGGUUUUCACAUGUCUUGCAUUAUUCAAUACUUUGAUCUCUCCCUUAAAUUCGUUUCCAUGGGUGAUUAAUGGUUUGAUUGAUGCCAUUAUAUCUACCAGACGUCUGAGCAGAUUCCUUGCCUGUUCUGAACAUAGUUCUGAAUUUGUAGAGACUGCUAAUAUUUCAUUAGCAUCUCUCUCCAAGGACCAGGAUGGUUGUGUCUCUCAGCAUAUGGCUAUUAUCAUUCGAGAAGCAUGCUGUGCUUGGUCAAACAGCAAUUUGGAGGGGAAGAACUUGGUGUUAAACCACAUAACUCUUGAUAUUCCUAAGGGCUUUCUUGUUGCAGUGAUUGGAGAGGUUGGUUCAGGUAAAUCAUCUUUGUUAAAUUCAAUUCUGGGAGAAAUGCGACUCAUCCAUGGAUCAAUACACUGCUGGGGAUCAAUAGCAUAUGUAUCACAGGUUCCUUGGAUUCUGUCAGGGACCAUACGUGAUAACAUCUUGUUUGGAAAAAACUAUGAUGCAAAAAGAUACAAAGAAGUAUUGAGGGCAUGUGCAUUGGAUAUUGAUAUUUCACUAAUGGUUGGGGGUGACCUAACUUAUAUUGGAGAGAAAGGAAUCAACUUAUCAGGUGGACAGAAAGCACGGCUUGCACUAGCAAGGGCUGUCUAUCAUGGAUCCGAUAUAUUCAUGCUUGAUGAUGUGCUUAGUGCAGUUGAUGCCCAAGUAUCUCGUUGGAUUUUAUAUAAUGGUAUCUUGGGUCCUUUGAUGAAACAACAAACAAGAAUUCUCUGUACUCACAAUGUUCAGGCAAUAUCCUCUGCAGAUAUGAUUGUAGUAAUGGACAAAGGACUUGUGAAAUGGGUGGGACGUUUGGCUGAGUUGUCAUCUUCCCCAUGUUCAAUGUUAUUAAAAGAAUCAACAUUCUUUUCAUCUGAACUUCCAAAAAAGGAAAGUAGCACCAGUACUUCGUGUCAAGCUGAACAAAAUGGCCUACUAAGCAGAGAUGAUAUAGAUAUUCCUGAGGAAGCCCAAGAAGCCAUUGAAAGAGAACUGAGGAAAGAAGGGAAAGUUGAAUUUACUGUUUAUAAAAAUUAUGCUGCAUCUUCAGGCUGGCCAAUUGCAAUCAUAAUAUGUCUAUCAGCAGUUUUAAUGCAAGCAUCUCGUAAUGGGAAUGAUUUAUGGCUGUCUCACUGGGUUGAUUCCACUACAGCAAGCCAUAAGACAAAUUAUUCCACAUCCUUUUAUCUGAUUAUACUAUGCAUCUUCUGUGUUGCAAAUUCCCUUUUAACUUUGAUAAGGGCAUUUUCGUUUGCAUUUGGUGGUUUAAGAGCUGCAAUCCGGGUGCAUAAUAAGCUUCUUAACAAGCUUAUAAAUGCUCCUGUAUAUUUCUUUGAUCAGACACCAACGGGAAGAAUACUCAACAGGAUGUCAUCAGAUCUUUAUACCAUUGAUGAUUCUCUUCCAUUCAUUCUCAACAUUCUCUUAGCAAAUUUUGUUGGCCUUCUGGGGAUUGCCAUAGUUUUAUCUUAUGUUCAGGUCCUCUUCUUGUUUCUGUUAUUGCCAUUUUGGUAUAUAUACAGCAAGUUACAGUUCUACUAUAGGUCAACAUCACGUGAACUGCGCAGACUUGAUAGUGUUUCUCGCUCCCCUAUUUAUGCAUCCUUUUCUGAGACACUGGAUGGAUCAUCAACUAUAAGGGCAUUCAAAACAGAGGAAUUUUUCUUGGAUAGAUUCACUCAGAAUGUUGCGUUAUAUCAGCAAACAUCCUACUCAGAACUAACAGCAAGUCUGUGGCUUUCUCUGCGUCUUCAAUUGCUAGCAGCAUUUGUUGUCACUUUUGUUGCAGUGAUGGCUGUCAUUGGAUGUCGUGGUGGUUUCCCAAUUAGUUUUGGUACACCUGGUCUGGUAGGCUUAGCUCUCUCUUAUGCAGCACCAAUUGUAUCUUUGCUGAGCAGUCUUUUAACAAGUUUUACUGAAACCGAGAAGGAAAUGGUUUCAGUUGAAAGGGCUCUUCAGUAUAUGGAUGUUCCUGAAGAAGAACUUCUAGGCUGCCAAUCUUUAGACCCAGAUUGGCCCAAUCAAGGACAGAUUGAAUUUCAACAUGUUACUUUGAGAUAUAUGCCAUCUUUACCACCUGCUCUUCGUGAUAUUACAUUUACUAUUACAGGAGGAAUGCAGGUUGGAAUUGUUGGAAGAACAGGUGCUGGAAAAUCUAGCAUCAUAAAUGCCCUUUUUCGCCUCACCCCAAUAUGUGGGGGUCGUAUCUCUGUCGAUGGGAUCAAUAUUGCAGAUGUUGCUAUUAGAGAUCUGCGUUCAUGUUUUGCAGUUGUGCCACAGAACCCAUUUUUAUUUGAAGGAUCACUAAGGGACAACCUAGAUCCAUAUCAAGUGGCAAGUGACUCAAAAAUUUGGAAGGCUCUAGAGAAGUGCCACAUUAAGGAGGAAAUAGAAGCAUCAGGAGGACUGGGCAUUCACGUAAAGGAAGCUGGAUCAUCUUUUUCUGUAGGACAACGACAGCUCCUAUGCCUUGCCCGUGCACUUCUCAAGUCCUCUAAGGUACUAUGUUUAGAUGAAUGCACUGCUAAUGUUGACAGUCAAACAGCAUCAAUACUGCAGAAUACCAUUUCCAGUGAAUGUAGGGGCAUGACAGUGAUUACAAUUGCACAUCGCAUUUCCAUGGUCUUGAACGUGGACAAUAUCCUGGUUCUUGAGCAAGGAAACCUGGUUGAACUAGGAAAUCCUCAAGUUCUUCUACAAGAUGAAUACUCAAGAUUUUCAGGUUUUGCUAGAGCUUCAACAAUGUGAUUGUCAGAUAGCUUAUAUUAAAUUAACUCCAUCUGGAGAUAAACUGUAUGUUAGGUCUCCAAUAAAGACUGGGUUGGUUAUUCUUGUAAUUUGCCUGCUUUGAGUUUCACAUCCUGUCACCAAGCACAUAAUUGAUUCCAUGGUUUUGGCAGCAAAUUAUCCUGCAGAAGGAAAUGGCUGUAUGAAGAUGAUUGGCAUUGUAACAUUUAGUUUUACAUGACAAAUGAAUGCAAGAUUCUCUAACCCAGCAAGAUAUACUGUUCGUGUCUACUUUCAUAGCCCUGUAAUCCCUUCUCUUUGAACUUAUAAAUGGAAGGGGUGGUAAGAAGUU